GUAAACUUGAUAUGAACACACCCACAAGAAGUUAUUUUUUAAAAAUGAUUAUUACAACUAUCAUAUGGAUAGGAUCACUAUGGGGUAAAUCGGUCGGUGUGUCGAUUUUGCCCUCGUAUGUAACACAUUUGGUACAAGCAUCUAACUGCAUAAAAGAUAAACAUUAUUCGCUGUUAGAGGUAACUUACCAUUCAUCAGACUCGAACGAGCCGGGAACAAAUCAUUUUACCGUGUUCAAAGAUAUUAAUAAAAAUUCAAACAUAACUUCUCAAAAUACUGUGUACUAUAAAGAAAAGCAGUGGAAAUUACAAUCGGCAUUUUCCGGACGAACAGUGGACGUCUGUGUAUUUCUAAAAGAGGAUAUAAGUGUUAUUCCGGUUGUGAGACAGUUCGUUGAUUUGCCUAAUGAAUGCGCCGUAAAAAAGGGAAUACGUCAAAUACUUAAAGAUGAAGUGGUUACCAAAAUACCGUUGCUACCUUUUGGAUGUUGGAAACUAAAACACGAAUUAAAAGACUCCACUGGAACUUCAGUGGGAUGCGUUAACGUCAUAGCGUUUCAAACGAUUUCUUCGAAUGUCGAUGUUGUUAAAGCGACGUGUCAUUGAAGACAUUUUAUAAAUAAAGCCUAUAUCGAUUAAAAAAAAUAAUCAAUUUGCCAAUAGCCUCAAUAACUUACUGCACACAAUAUCAAGA